AUGCUUGUCUAUGCAAUAGAUAACCUCCCUGAAAUUGGCGCGUUAAAUUACCUAGCUGUACCAAAUUUCUGCAUAAGACUAAUGAUUCGUACUGGAAAGUUUCUGUUAUUUUGCAUCUCUCGCCCAUCAGUUCGAUGUUUGAGUUCCUUUGAAAGUGCACAAAAUCCAGUCAAUCUUUAUCCAAAUUCUGACCCUAACGCUGUUUUCAAGAAACCUACAGAACCAAGUAUUAGCCAAAAUGUUUUCAAUGGAUAUAUCCCUAUCGACGAACUUCAAAUAUCCUAUGCAUAUUCGAGUGGUCCAGGAGGACAACAUGUGAAUAGAAAUAAAACGAAAGUGGAGAUACGUUUUCAUGUUCCAUCAGCGUCAUGGAUACCAGAUCAAGUUAAACAACUAUUUAUGGAAAGGGAGGCUAAUCGAAUUAAUAAAGAGAAUUACUUCAUUAUUACAUCGGAUCAUACUAGGAAACAAAUAUUAAAUCAAGCUGAUUGUUUAGAACGAAUUCGUCGUAUAAUCAGGGAAUGCGUUAACUCAUUAAAUAAACCUGAACCAAGUCCUGAAACUUUGGAAGCAAUUCAAUCUCGAAAAGUGAAAGCCAACGAAGAAAGAUUACGUAAAAAGAAAGAGAAAUCAUAUACAAAACAAUUACGACAAGAUCAUUAUCACACUGAUUUAUUUUGA